AUGUUGUUGUUUUUCUACAGCUGUUAUCAGUUUUUUGUUAUUAUCAAAGAGUGAUUCUAAUCGUUUGAGAAAUUAGUUUUAUACAUUAGUUUUUUUGUUAAGUAUUCUGCAAAUUGUCGAACACAAACAUGACGGACGAUGUGAAAAGGUUUUUCCACAACCUGAUACAACGAGUCAAUGGCUUACACUGCGUCAUGGUAACCGAUCGUGACGGAGUACCCCUCAUCAACCUGGAGAAGGAAAAGUCUGCCCAAAUCGUGAUGAAGCCAGCCUUUCUGUCCACUUUCACCCUGGCGGCGGAGCAAUCCAACAAACUUGGUCUGGGAAAGAAUCGCAAUAUCAUCUCCGUGUACGCCGAUUACCAAGUAGUGCAGAUGAACAAACUGCCCCUGGUGGUCACAUUUAUCGGAGCACAAAACUGCAACAUUGGUCACAUAUUGGCCAUGGACCAACAGAUCGACACAAUUCUAGAGGAACUGAAAACGGCCGUUACGGAUUCGUGAAUGGGGGACAUUUUUUCUGCAGAAUAAUUAACUCGAAGUAAGUUGAACUUUUAAUCUUUUCUUUAAUGUAUAUCGUAAAAUUGAUAUGAAAA